CAGGGGUUAUUUCUGUUCCUUCCAAAGCCAAACUGUCCAUUAUAUUAACGGGGCUUCCCCAAAUCGGAAAACAGUAGUAAUCAUCCCGGCGGAAUGGCGGUAUCCUUUACGCGGCUCGGCAAUUCGUUACCCUUCUCCAGGCUCUUCAGGUACUUGCAUAGUUCUGAUGACAUUUUGGAUAGGCAGCUAGAACAGGAGAUGGAAACAGUGAUUGCCGUACUGCAGCCUGGACCUUUGGGAAUUGUGGAGCACAAGUUCUCUUCUGAAGAGAUGCGUGAGGCAAAUGCCACCGUUAAGAGAGCAGUAGAGAAUUGGCGAAGGAAUGCAAACUUAGAGGCUAGAGUAGAGUAGCCAUGUAUUCAAGUAUCAAACAAUGCUUUCUGGUUCAUUUUGUAAAAAUAAUUUGAAGAUAAUAAUCCUGUCCAUGAUACUAGUUCUUAGUGCUUCUGUCAUAUAGUUGUCCCCAACAUUAUGUGAACAAGAGAUGGUGAUUCUGUUCGCUGGUCUUCUUUAAUAUGGAUGUUAUGUAUCAAUGAUGCCACAAAUGCCAGUAUUUCAUGGCAUGUAGCGUCCCCUUUCUCACAGUGAAUGAGGGGGACUACCAGUGUUAUGAGGUAUGGUGCUUUAUGCAGUGAAAUAAUUUGGUGUCCCGAAA